UAAAAUCCGUCUAAUUUGUGUGAAGUGGACAUACAUUUUAAGAACAAAGAGAUGGAUCAACCCUUUGGGAUCUGGCCAGGCUCGAAGGAGGCUUCCAUCGAUGAAGAUGAUGUCGGUGAGGGGCUUGAUCAGACAGCCGAGGAGCGGGCAUUGGUUGAAGACAAGCUCCUCUGCAAGCCGGUGAGCUCGUUCCAUAGGGAUGGCAACGUCGUCGCGUUCCACAUUCCACACAAGAAGCUUCUGGAGAAAAUUGAAUACAAGAAACCGACCCCAGAACCACUCGCUGGGUUUAGAGAUAUCCAGGAGACCUUACUGAGUUUCAAAGAAAGCGUGUACGAAGAUGAGGAAUCACAGGAGGAGUCCUCAGAAACUAGUUCCGAAGAAGCUUCUAGAUUUGGUUUAAAACUCCGUAGUGGCACAGUCAUAGCCUCAGUGGCACCCGAACCGGUGUUUCCCCACUCCAAACUCUACGACGUGAUGAACCAAAGAGAGUGUAUAAACGAAAUGCGCGCUGCGGCAGACGGGAGUUUCAUUUAUAUGACCUACACCGUUCCAAAAUCUUCAGAAUUGUACUCCCCGUACGCCCUCAGCGUCGUUCCUUUUAACAAAGUCGACAAAAGCAACUUCUUCACUAUGAGCGCCAAAGGAGUCCUGCAACACAUCGGCCCAGAAACCAUAUUCACACCCUUGGACAUAUGGGACCGGGAAUACGAACUCUACUGCAAACUCAUGCACUUUCGUACUUUUUAUCGAUUUCGGCUGUGGAAAGGUUUCCACUGUUGGAGGAAAGCCAUAAUAAGAAAAAAAUUCAAAUCCGCGCAGAUGCAUCUCAACGAUAACCUCUUCAUUUUGAACGACGCGCUGAGAGAGGGACUGUUGAACAUCCAGAAGAUGUGCCACAACAUGUCGGAAGUAUCGUUCAUCGACGGCUCGAACAUCGAGGACUUUUUGUUGUUUUACUUCAUCGAAAACCAGAUGGAGAAACUAGAAGUCGUUUCUGAACAACUAUUCGAGUUUAGGGAAAUUUCAAAGGACAUUGUUUCAAAUGCGUGUCUGGGCGCCCUCCUGGCUAAGGGUUUCGUGCCGAACGAACUCCUAGUGGAACCUGUGAAAGAAAGAAAACGGGGCCACAGUGCCAAAGCCCAAGCCAAAAAAACCUCCUACAUCGAACAAGCAGCCAAGAAAAAAUUCUGCGUGCGUCUCACCAGUUUUAUCAUUCUCGCCGACUAUUUGAUGAUCGACUUGAUGCACAACUUGAUUCUAAGAUCGAUGAUCGAUCUGAAGAAAAUACUGGAGAAGCAUAUGAAGUUUUUGCCGUCUCAAGAAUUGAUAGAGACUGCUGAGUUGACGCAGGUUCUUGAAGAACCGCGCCCGGAGAAUGCGCCCCAGCUGCCGUUGUUUAUUGUCGACGUGGUUCUAGACACUGAGCGGCUCUCUUUAGAUCCGUCUCUUCAAGUGACUUUGGAUAUCUUCACACAGGUGAUGGAUCUGUGGCAGGAUCACUGCUACGCGAUCAAGCCUUUUACAACAGACGAGACUUAUAACAUCUUCGUGCACCCUAUAAUCAACGGGAAAGAGGAGGCCAGGAUUUGUGGGUACGGCCCGUUGUUGAUUUUUUAUAUAGAGGACGACAAGAAAUUGGCUGUGGAACGAGAAAUAGUGAUUGACCACUUUGAGCUAAGUUUUGAAAUGGCACAAUUGUAUAUAGACAGGUUCGAAUUUAUUAGACAGUUCUUCGCGGAGGAUAGCUUGGUCGAAGAGGACUCCAUUCGAGAGGAGAAAGACAUUGACACCUUCCGGACUAUGUGUAAACGGUUCCACAAAGAGCUCGACGUGAUUAACGGCGUCAUCACAUCCCAAGCUAUGGGAAUGUUAAACCUGCAACUGGAAAACCUGAAAGAGUGUGCUAAACCUGAACCAGAACGCUUGAUAAGCGCCUUGGUGAAGAUCCUCCCUUGGAUCGGGAAGCGAGAAAUCGAUCGACUGAACAACGAAUCGGAAGAGAUGGAAACCCAAUUAAACUUGCAACCCGUGACCACCGUCGACUACGUAAAAUACUUGGAGUACCUCGACGACGCCAACAACGUACUGGAGAAGAUGGAGAACGAGUUGGACUACAACAAGGAACUGUACGACAUCAUGGAAGAGUUCGAAAUCCCGGUUCCAGACGAAGACAUGGACAACUACCUGGGUGUCAGCGUGACCAUGGCCUCUUUGAGGAACCUCGUCGACAAGAAACUCGACGAGCUUGUCAUGAUCACCAAGAAAUUCAACGACCAAAUGAACAAAGACAUAAGCACGUUGAUCUCGGAAGUCGGUACCAUCAAAGACGAGUGCAUGCAGCCGUGGUUGUACGACAUCGACUCCAACAUCGGUGAGGUGACCGAGUUCUUGAACGACCUCUACGAUCGCCUCAUUUCGUGUCAAAAGCGGGCGGCGGAAUUCAAAGGUUACCAGAAGCAGUUCAGGUUGGAAGUGACGAGAUUCGACAUCCUCGACGAGGUGAUGAGCGACGUCAAGCUCCGAAUGCUGCUGUGGGAGAGUGUCACGUCGUGGAGUCAGACCAUGGAUGAGUGGUACCACGCCGAUUUCAGCGAACUCAACGUAGAAGACAUGAACAUUUUCGUUGCUAAAACGGUUAAGAAUAUCACUCUAUUGGAGAAGGGACUGCCGAAGAAUUUGAUAGUUCCGAAGCUCAAAGACGACGUGGAGUUGAUGAAGACGAAGCUGCCGGUGGUGGCUUAUUUGAGGAACCCGUCGCUUCGUCAACGCCAUUGGAUCCAAGUCGAGAAUAUUCUUUCGUACAAGUUCAAACCAGAGGAAACUCUCACGUUGGAACUUUUGGAGAACUUGAAGGUGUUUACGUUCGGAAAUGAGCUGCAGGAGGUAUCAGGACAGGCUAGUAGCGAAGCUGGAUUGGAGGCCAUGCUCAAAAAAGUGGAAGAGUCUUGGAAGAUCCUCGAGUUUGUGGUUAUGCCUCACAAGGACUCCAAAGAUGUUUACAUUCUCGGGACCUUGGAAGAAGUGCAGACCGUUCUGGACGAUAGUACCAUCGCCAUUACGACCAUCGCGAGUUCUCGACACGUGGGGCCCAUCAAAUCCCGGGUGGAAGAAUGGGGGCGCACUCUGGACCUUUUCACACGAACCUUGGAUGAGUGGGUUUCCUGUCAGCAACAGUGGAUCUACCUGGAGGUGAUCUUCUCGGCUCCCGAUAUCCAGCGCCAACUCCCGAACGAGUCUAAACUCUUCAUCGUCGUCGACAAAUCCUGGAAGACCAUCAUGCGUAGAACCGCCAAGAUGCCUCUAGCGUUGGAAGCCGCCCUCUACCCGAACUUACUCGACGACCUCAAGAAGAACAACGCCCUCUUGGAGCAGAUCAUGAAGUGCCUCGAGUCAUAUCUAGAAGUGAAACGCGUGGCUUUCCCCCGCUUCUACUUUUUGUCCAACGACGAACUCCUGGAGAUCUUGGCCCAAACGAGGAACCCUCAUGCCGUCCAGCCCCAUCUCCGAAAGUGUUUCGACGCUAUCGCGCGUCUGGAGUUCGCCGCCAAGGAAGACGAAGUGGGGAUGGCUCCAGUGGGCGGUCCAGACGAAGGCGAUGCCGAAGUAAAGAGGACUCAGUCGAUUUCCGCGCGAAAGAGCAAAUCCAUCAUGGCGAAAAGCCAGUCGGUUUUGCUUCUUACUACAAACAUCAACGCUAUGAUAAGUCCGGAAGGUGAAAAGGUGGCGUUGACGAAGGGGUUAAAGGCGAGAGGGAACGUGGAGGACUGGUUGGGGAAGGUAGAGUCGUCGAUGUUCUUCUCGUUGCGGAGGUUGAUGAAGGCAUCGUUGGCGGACUACGACGAGAGUCCGCGGACGGAGUGGAUGUUGAGGCACCCGAAUCAGAUCGUCUUGACGGUCUCUCAGAUCAACUGGGCACGAGGGGUGCACAAGAUUCUGGACCACCACGACGGGGUGAAUCGCAUGAGCAAGUUCGAGAAGAACUGUAUUAGUGACCUGAACGACUUGGCGGCGGUGAUUCGGACGGACCUGGAUUCGGUGACCAGGAAAGUUCUGAUUGCGUUGAUCACCAUUGACGUGCACGCCCGAGACACCAUCCAUAACAUGGUAGUACAUAAAGUUACCAACAGUGGCAGUUUCGACUGGCUCAAAGUCUUGCGGUACUACUGGGACGACCAUUUGGACGACUGCGUCACGCGCAUGUCUUCGGCGCACUACAUCUACGGUUACGAAUACCUAGGAGCCUCCGGCGUUUUGGUCAUCACGCCUCUGACCGACCGUUGCUACCUGUGUCUGAUGGGAGCCCUCCAGCUGGAUUUAGGUGGUGCUCCCGCUGGACCUGCCGGCACCGGAAAAACCGAAACCACCAAAGACCUGGCCAAAGCCUUGGCCAUCCAGUGCGUCGUGUUCAACUGCUCCGAAGGCUUGGAUUACAAGAUCAUGGGACGCUUCUUCGCAGGUCUCGCCCAGUCGGGAGCCUGGAGCUGCUUCGACGAGUUCAAUCGCAUCGAUAUCGAGGUCUUGUCGGUGAUAGCUCAACAGAUCAUCACCAUACGGAACGCCAAAGCGGCCCACCUCACCAGGUUCAUGUUCGAGGGACGCGAAAUCAAGCUGGUACAAAAGUGCGCCACUUUCAUCACAAUGAAUCCCGGCUACGCCGGAAGGACGGAGCUUCCGGAUAACCUGAAGGCUUUGUUUAGACCCAUAGCAAUGAUGGUCCCGGACUACGCUCUCAUCGCCGAAGUGAUUCUCUACUCGGAAGGUUUCGAAUCCUCCAAGGGUCUGUCACAGAAGAUGGUCCAAAUGUAUAAACUCUGCAGCGAACAGCUUUCCCAGCAGGACCAUUACGAUUUCGGUAUGAGGGCGGUGAAGAGCGUCCUCGUGAUGGCUGGGGCUUUGAAAAGGGCAACCCCUGACCGGAACGAAGACGUGGUGCUGAUUUGCGCGUUACGCGACAGCAACCUGCCGAAAUUCUUAGCCGACGACGCCGUCCUCUUCCAAGGAAUCUUGAGCGACUUGUUCCCCGGGGUGGAACUCCCGGAACAAGACUACGGACUCUUCCAAGACGCUAUUGUGCAUUCAAUGGUGCGCAAGAAACUCCAGCCUGAGACGUGCAUGAUCCGGAAGGUAAUCCAGCUCUACGAAACCAUGAUCGUGAGGUGGGGCGUCAUGCUGGUAGGACCCACCGGCGGCGGGAAAAGCACAGUCUUAAACACUUUAAAGCGAGCCUUGAUCAAAAUGCACGACGAUGAGAUCGAAGGUCCGAACUAUUUUCCAGUUCACACGUACGUCAUGAACCCGAAGGCGGUCACCGCUGGUGAGCUCUACGGAGAAGUCAAUAUUUAUACUCUGGAGUGGCGGGAUGGCUUGAUGGGUAUCAUGAUGCGUCAGGCGGUUGGGUACACCAACGAGGACCAUCAAUGGAUCAUCUGCGACGGUCCCGUGGAUGCCGUCUGGAUCGAGAAUCUCAACACUGUCUUGGACGACAACAAGAUGUUGUGUCUUGCGAAUUCCGAACGCAUCAAGUUGACGCCGUACGUCCACAUGAUCUUCGAGGUGAUGGACCUGGCGCAGGCUUCGCCCGCUACGGUGAGUAGGUGCGGGAUGGUUUACAUAGACCCGGGGGAGAUCGGGUGGUUGCCGUUUGCCAAAUCGUGGGCCGAACGGUACGAGGAAGAGAUUCUGAACCCCGAAAUGAAGACUUUCAUGGUGAGCUUGUUCGAGCACGCGAUAGACAAAGGGUUCAACUACAUCAGAAAGCACUGCGAGUAUUCGAUUCACCAGGUUGAUAUAAGUAAGGUGGCCAUGAUCUGCGCUAUCAUCGACAGCUACCUGAAGAUACCGAACCCUUUGGAGAAUAUCGGGGAGAAGAGCAAAGUUAAGAGCUAUCUGUGUCAGAUCUUCGUUUUUGCGUACGUGUGGGGGUUAGGGGGCAACCUGACCGAAAUGUCACGAGAGAAGUUUGAGACUUACGCUAGAGAGCAAUUCGAUGACCACCAAGACGCGAGAUUACCACCAGGUGCUGACCUUUACGGAGUCUACAUGAACGAAGUGGAACGGCGCCUGGAUCCAUGGGCGAAAAUCCUACCGACUUUCACGUACAAGACCGAGACCCCCUUUUUUGAAAUGUUAGUACCUACAAGCGAUACUGUGCGUUUUGGGUUCGUCAUGGAGAGACUAGUAUCAGUCAAUUAUCCCGUUCUUUUCGUCGGAGACACAGGUGUUGGCAAAUCCGUCGUCGCUAAAGACGUUCUAAACCGGAUGUACGAAACGGGACUCUACGUUCCAGUGACGUUGAAUUUUUCGGCACAGACGAGCAGUUUUAGGACACAGGAGAUCCUCGAGCUGAAGCUUGAAAAGAAGAAGAAAACUCUCCUCGGGGCUCCCAUGGGCAAGAAAAUAAUACUUUUUGUGGACGACGUGAACAUGCCGAAAUUGGAGACUUACGGGGCCCAACCACCAAUCGAGCUUCUAAGACAGUUCCUCACGUAUAAGGGUCUCUACGACCGGGAGAAACUCUUCUGGAAGGAAAUCCGCGACGUGAUCAUCACGGCGGCCUGCGCCCCACCCGGGGGAGGACGAAAUCCGCUCACCCCGCGCUUCGUGCGUUUCUUCGGCAUGAUGCUGAUCCCUCCACCGAACGAAUUUUCCUUGAAGGCCAUAUUCAAGGCGAUCCUGAGGGGCUUCUUCUUCGACUUCUCCAACGAAAUCCGUGACUUGGCCGACUACAUGGUCUCCGCCGCCGUGGAGAUCUACAUGCGCAUAGCAACCGAUCUACUCCCAACCCCCGCCAAGAGCCACUACGUGUUCAACCUCCGCGACCUCUCCAAGUGCGUCCAGGGGGUCCUCCAAGCCGAUUCCGGCACCAUGCGCGAGGAGGCGGCCAUGUUGAGACUUUUCUACCACGAGUGUCUGCGGGUGUUCCACGACAGGUUAAUCAACGUAGAAGACAAAUCCUACUUUUACUUCUUGAUGAGGGAGAUCUGUGGGAGGAAUUUCGGCACGGCGGUCUUGGCACUCCCCGACACCCCCAUCAUCACCAAGCCGCCGCUGUUGUUCUUCGGGGACUUCAUGCAGUUCGGGGCCAACAAGGAAGACCGCAUCUACGAAGAAAUCAAGAACGUGGAGAAGAUGAAGAGCGUGCUUCAGGACUACUUGGACGAUUACAACCUCCUGGAAUCCAAAGACAUGCAUUUGAUUUUCUUCAUGGACGCGAUUGAGCACUGCGUUCGGAUCGCCAGGAUUCUUCGGUCGGAGCGCGGCAACGCCCUGUUAGUGGGGGUAGGUGGUAUGGGGAAGCAAAGUCUGACGAGGUUAUCUUCACACGUGAAUGCCUACAAAUGUUUCCAGAUAGAGCUGACCCGGAAUUACGACCGCGGUUCCUUCUUUGAAGACUUGAGGAAGAUGUACUUUAAUGCUGGGGCUAACAACGCGAAUUCCGUGUUUCUGUUUACCGACACCCAAAUCGUCCAGGAGGACUUUUUAGAGGAUAUUAACGGGAUUUUGAACUCGGGAGAGGUUCCGAAUUUGUUUGAAGCUGACGAGUACGAAAAGGUCAUCAUCGCUUGCAGAGAUUCGGCUAAGGCGUUGGGGAUAGAUAGUGGAAACAGGGAUGGAAUUUAUGACUUUUUUAUAAGUAGGGUCCGGAAUAAUCUGCAUUUGGUGCUUUGUAUGAGUCCUGUGGGAGAUGCCUUUAGGCGAAGAUGUCGGAUGUUUCCGUCGUUGGUGAACUGCUGUACCAUCGACUGGUUCGAAAAGUGGCCAACCGAAGCCCUUCUUUCCGUUUCUCUGAGUACUUUAAAAGAUUUAGGUAGCGAGGAAAUAUGCCAGAGCUUGUCGGCGAUUUGCGUCACUAUACACGAGAGUGUUGAAGCCAUGACGGAGCGUUUCUACCACGAGAUGCGUCGACACUACUACACCACACCCAGCAGUUACUUGGAGCUCUUGAAACUGUACAAGCAGAUGUUAGAAUCGAAGAAGAAAGAAGUGAACUACAAGCGGGACAGAAUCCAGAACGGACUACAAAAACUCUACGAAACCAACUCCGUUAUCGAAUCAAUGAGAGAAACCUUGAGCGCUUUGGAGCCCGUGCUUGCAGAGAAGUCCGUCGCGGUGGAUGACCUGGUGGCCCAUCUGGGCAAGGAGCAACAGCAAGCCGAUAAAGUGAGGGCCAUCGUGAAGACCGACGAAGAAGUGGCAAAAGCGAAAGCCGAGGACACUCAAGCUCUGGCGGACGAUGCCCAGAAAGACCUCGACACGGCGCUGCCGGCUCUCGAAGCAGCGACCAAAGCUUUGGACGCCCUCAACAAAAACGACAUCAAUGAAGUGAAGUCUUUCGUGAAGCCGCCGAAGCUGGUCCAGUUCGUGAUGGAGUCCGUCUGUCUACUUCUAGGGGCAAAGACUGACUGGGCAAGUGCAAAGGUCGUCUUGGGUGACACCAACUUCGUCAAGAAACUCAUGGAGUACGACAAGAACCACAUCCCUGAUCUACUCUUGCGAAAACUCAAAACUUACGUCGACCAUCCGGAUUUCGUCCCGGAUAAGGUCGGCAAGGUGUCGAAGGCUUGCAAGAGCAUGUGCAUGUGGGUCCGAGCCAUCGACACCUACACGAAAGUGUUCAAGAUCGUGGAACCUAAGAGGAAGAGACUGGAACAGGCGGAGAGAGAGCUGAACCAGGUAAUGGGGCUCCUGCGGGAGAAACAACGACAGUUGGCGGAAGUGGAGGCACAGAUUGCCGCUCUAGAAGCCAAGUUUAACAAGACUUUAGCUGAGAAGGACGCUCUGGAGGCCGACAUGGAGCUCACUUCCAACAGGUUAAAUCGGGCCGGACGUCUCAACGUGGCUUUGGGCGACGAGCAAGCUAGAUGGGAGAUGUCGGUCAAAGAUUUUGCCAACGACUUGAAGAACUUGCUGGGGGACGUGCUGGUGUCGGCGGCUUUUGUGGCGUACCUCGGGGCCUUUACCAGUUCGUACCGCAACGAACUCGUCAACUUGUGGGUCGAGCAGUGUAAAGAGUUUAUGAUACCGUCGUCGCAGAAUUUCAGUUUGAUUACGAUCUUGGCCGACCCCUACGAUAUUCGUAUGUGGAACUCGUUCGGUCUUCCUCGUGAUACCGUGUCCACGGAGAACGCCAUCCUGGUCACGCGAGCCAGCCGAUGGGCUUUGAUGAUCGACCCCCAGGAGCAAGCGAACAGCUGGAUACGUCAGAUGGAAGCUGCGAACGACUUGAAGAUCGUGAAACUGACGGACUCCAACUACUUGAGGAUCCUGGAAGCGGGGAUCCGCACCGGCAAGCCGGUGCUCCUGGAGGAAGUCGAGGAAACUUUGGACCCGACUUUGCGGCCAAUCCUUAUGAAGCAGACGUGGAUGUCGAGCGGACGUUUGCUCAUACGGCUAGGGGACUCGGACGUGGAGUACGACGCCAACUUCAGGUUCUACGUGACCACGAAGCUCGCCAAUCCGCACUACUUGCCGGAGAUUUGCAUCCAGGUGACGGUUGUAAAUUUUACUGUGACCAAGUCUGGACUGGAGGACCAGUUAUUGGCCGACGUGGUGCGUCUGGAGCGACCCGACUUGGAAACGCAAAGAAACGAGCUGAUCGUGAAGAUCAACGCCGACAAGACGCAGCUCCAAGCCAUCGAGGACAAAAUCCUGAAGCUGCUGUACCAGUCGGAGGGGAAUAUUCUGGACGACGAAGUGUUAAUCAACACACUGAACGAGAGCAAGGAAACUUCGGCUGUCAUCGCCGCACGACUUUUAGAGACGGAAGCAACCGAACACAAGAUUUCCGAAGCGCGGGAGAAGUACCGAACUGUGGCCAUCAGGGGUUCGGUGCUGUACUUCGUGAUCGCUCAACUGGCCGAAAUCGACCCCAUGUAUCAGUACUCCUUGAAGUACUUCAAACAAAUCUUCAACACGGUCAUAGAAACCAGCGAGAAAAGUGUAGACCUGAAGCAAAGACUCGCCACUCUCCUGAAAGAAAUCACUCUAUUCGUGUACACUAAUGUAUCCAGAGGUCUCUUCGAGAGACACAAGCUCGUGUACAGUUUCAUGGUGUGCGUUGCCAUUUUAGAAGACAGCGGAGAAAUUUCGGAAUUUCAGUGGAACUUUUUACUCAGAGGACCGAUAGGUGCCAAGAUCAAUCUACCGGAGAAACCUCAACAUCCCCAAAUCACCGACGCGAUGUGGCUGGCGGUGAAUUUUCUGUCGGUUUCGUUGGAAGAAUUCAAAGAACUUCCGACAGAAAUCACCAAAACGAUGAACCUUAAAUUGUCUGAGUUCUCAUUGGGGAUAACGCUAAUACCGAACACGACCGAGAAGAGUCACGUCGACUGGAACGCGCAGCUAGAUGACUUCAACAAACUAAUCCUUAUUAAGACCCUCAAAGAAGAAAAACUAGUGUUCGCUAUAACCCAGUUCGUCAAAACCAAGCUCGGGAAGACGUUCAUCGAAAGUCCGCAAGUCUCCUUACAGAUUUUGUUUCAAGACACAUCCAACAUUACACCUUUGGUUUUCAUUCUGAGCGCGGGCAGCGACCCUUUCGGCUCUUUCCAGAGGUUCGCCGAAGACAUGGGUUACAAAGAACGCAUCAAAUCCAUAUCCCUCGGGCAAGGACAGGGACCCGUCGCCGAAAAAAUCAUCGAAGUGGCACUGGAACGCGGCGACUGGGUCUUCCUCCAGAACUGCCAUCUAGCCACGUCUUGGAUGAUCCCCAUGGAACGCCUGAUCCAGAAAAUCGCGGAGCAAGCCGCCAAGGUGCACAAGGAAUUCCGACUGUACAUGAGCUCGAUGCCGUCGAAGUCGUUCCCGGUGUCGGUACUGCAGAACUCGGUCAAGGUGACGAACGAACCGCCGAAGGGCGUGCGGGCCAACAUCAAGAGGGCGUUCACUGAUAUGCUGCCCGAUUUCUUCGAGGACCACCCACUGAGGCAAAAAUGGCGCAGUAUGCUGUUCGGGUUGUGCAUGUUCCACGCCAUCAUCCAAGAACGGAAGAAGUUUGGCCCGCUGGGGUGGAACAUCACGUAUGAGUUCAACGACAGCGACCGGGAGUUUGCUUUCAACACUUUGAAGAUGUUUUGUGCUGAAGGGACGAUCCCGUGGGACGCUUUGGAAUAUUUGACAGGGGAAAUCACGUAUGGUGGAAGGGUCACCGACUACUGGGAUUUGCGAUGUUUGAAAACAAUCUUGCAGAUAUUUUUCUCCCCCCAGAUACUAAAAUCGGAGUAUAAAUAUUCACCGAGUGGAAUCUACUAUUGUCCGACGUUCAGUAAGCUCUUGAAUUACCAAACUUUUAUCGAAAGCCUUCCGAUUUUGGAAGAGCCGGAGAUUUUCGGGAUGCACGAAAACGCCAAUUUGGCGUACCAGAUUAAAGAGACUCAGACUAUAAUUAACACGAUCAUGGAGAGCCAGCCGCAGACAUCCGGGGGAGCUGAAGGGGCACAAACUGACGACAUCGUGUUCGACUUGGCGACUGUGGUAACCGAGUCGAUAAUGCCAAAAAUUUUGACAGACGAAGCCAACGUCAACAUGUUUAAGAGAGACGACAAAGGACGGCUUCCGUCGCUCACCACAGUCUUAAUGCAAGAAGUAGACAGAUACAACAUUCUCCUCAAGCUGAUCCACUCGUCGAUGGACAACCUCAAGAAAGCCAUCAAGGGUUUGGUGGUCAUGUCAGAAGCGCUGGAGGAGGUCUACGUCUCAUUCACCAACAACCAGGUACCCAAAAUGUGGUCCAAGAAGGGCUACAAUUCUUUGAAGAGCCUCGGAAGCUGGAUUCGCGACUUGAUUCUGCGCUUGGACUUCAUAAAAACUUGGGUCAAAUACGGACCCCCUAUUUCCUACUGGCUCUCGGGCUUCUACUUCCCUCAAGGUUUCCUAACCGGGACUUUGCAAACCCACGCCAGGAAGUACAACCUCCCGAUCGACGAGCUCAAAUUCGACUUCGAGAUACAAAAGGUUUUGCUUAAGCAAGAAAUCGUGAAAAAGACUCACGACGAACUGGAACGCGAGGAUAGUGGUAUUUACAGAGGACUGUCGCCUCCACAAGACGGUGCGAUCAUCCACGGGAUUUUCCUGGACGCUGGGCGAUGGGACACGAGGAUGAACAAACUCGUUGAUGCUAAACCCGGAGAAAUCAACCCGCUUAUGCCCGCUAUUUGGAUGCUCCCGAAGACGGUCAUGCCCCAGCACGACAAACGAUACGUCACACCGCUGUAUAAAACGUCUAUACGGGCUGGAGUUUUGUCCACCACAGGGCAUAGCACCAAUUUUGUGAUUGCGGUGUUGCUGCCCACGGACAAGCCGCAGAGUUACUGGAUUCUUAAAGGGACGGCGUUGUUGACACAAAUCACUGAUUAA